UGCAGGGGAGACUUGCAGGGGAGGGAUCCAGACCUGAUGGUGGGUGGGAGCUCCUCCCAUGCAAAGAGGCUGAGGAGAAAGAGAGAGACACGUGCCCAGCCCAGUUCAAUCCUGGAUCGCAUGCAUGAUGGAGGAAACCAUCACACGCUCAAAAAUUCAAGACUGGAACUUCAGUUACCUCCAAUACAAGGAAGCUGAGGGUCCCCGAGGACUUUGCAGCCGACUCCACAACUUUUGUAGGCUAUGGCUGAGACCAGACGAGCACACCAAAGCCCAGAUGCUGGACCUGGUUGUUCUGGAGCAGCUCCUGGCUCUUCUGCCACCAGAGAUGGAGGGCUGGGUGCGGGAGUGUGGAGCAGAGACCAGCUCCCAGGCGGUGGCCCUGGCAGAAGGUUUCCUCCUGAGUCAGGUGGAGGAGAAGAAAGAGCAGGUCCAGUUGCAGCGCCGCACUGUGGAGAGAGAUCCUGAGGGAAAGAAGAAUCCAUCAAAUCCCCCUCAGGAUCUGUUUUUCAGGAGGAUCCCUUGGGAAGAUCCAAGUCGAGACACCUCAGGAGAGAAACAAAGAAUGAAGUUUUCUGGUUUUUAUGAUGGAGCUCAAACAGUGGUUGAACCUCCAAAUCAAGAGAGUCUUGUGUCCUUCGAGGAGGUGGCUGUGUCUUUCUCUGAGGAGGAAUGGUCUCAGCUGGAUUCUGACCAAAAGGUGCUGCAUUCGGAAGUCAUGCUUGAAAACCAUAGGAACGUGAUCUCUCUGGGUAAUAAUGGACAGGCAAAUCAAGAUUCCUAUGAACCGUUCCAAGUGAUCAAUCGUACUAAUAGAACAGAGAAAUUUGGAAUUCAAAUGGAAUUAGAAAGCCAUGAGAAAAAACAGUCAAAUCAUAGGAAUCAGGAAAGAUCACUUUCUACUGAUGCUCCGAUGCAAGACUUUCUUGUCCAACAAGAGAAAACAAGGAAAAAAUAUAUUGGGAAAAGUGUGAAGCUAAUUAAAGCUAAAUUACGUGUAAACGAACACCAUUUAACCCAAAACAAAGGAGAAGUUACUAUAAGAAGACACAACCAAAAAAAUUACAAUGGGACAUUCAUUCUUUCUUUUGGAAAUAACUUCCUUAUAUCUCAAAAAGUGAUUGACACCAAAGAGAAGCCAUAUAAAUGCAUGGAGUGUGGGAAGACCUUUGCUUAUAGUAGUGGACUUACUAUCCACAAAGAGAUCCACACAGGAGAGAAACCAUAUAAAUGCAUGGAGUGUGGAAAGACCUUUGCUCAGAGGAGUGGACUUAGUUGUCACAAAAAGAUCCACACAGGGCAGAAGCCAUAUAAAUGCAUGGAGUGUGGAAAGACCUUUGCUCAGAGCAGUGGACUUAGUUGUCACAAAAAGAUCCACACGGGGAAAAAGCCAUUUAAAUGCAUGGAGUGUGGAAAGACCUUUGCUCAAAGUGGUAAUCUUAUUUCCCAUAAGAUGAUCCACACUGGGGAAAAACCGUAUAAAUGCAUGGAGUGUGGAAAGACCUUUACUCAAAAAGGUAAUCUUAUUUCCCAUAAGAUGAUCCACACAGGGGAAAAGCCAUAUAAAUGCAUGGUGUGUGAAAAGACCUUUACUCAAAGUGGUAAUCUUAUUCUCCAUAAAAUGAUCCACAGGGGAGAAGCCGUAAAAAUGCACGGAAAGAGGAGGGGGUCAAUUUAUUUUCCAAAGCAUCAGAGGGCAGGACAAGAAACGAUGGAUGUAAACACCAGAGACAGAAUAGAGACACGACUUUUAACAAGUGAAGCCACUUCGAAAGACCCUUGUGCUCUUCGGCCUGAGAGCUGUGGGGAGAUCUGGACAAGAGCUGGGCAGAAGAUCUUGGAGGAGGAAACCAUCCUCCAUUCAGAAGUUGAGCCCUGCAACUUCAGGAGCCUCCAAUACCAGGAGGCUGAGGGUCCCCGAGAACUUUGCAGCCGACUCCACAACUUUUGUAGGCAAUGGCUGAGACCAGAUAAGCACACCAAAGCCCAGAUGCUGGAUCUGGUUGUUCUGGAGCAGCUCCUGGUUAUCCUGCCCCCCAAAAUAGAGAGCUGGGUGCGGGAGUGUUUUGUUCAGAGAACAAGAAUCCACUUCAUGUUGUGUGAUGUCCAUAAAUUCUUCUUCUUUUCUCCUCCCUCCUAUUUCAAGUCCUUCACUGUGGAGAUCAGAGAUCCUGAAGGAAGGAGGAAUCCAUCAAAUCCCCCUGAGGAUCUGUUUUUCAGGAGGCUACCUCAGAAAGAGUCAAGUCAGGACUUGGGAGGUAAUAAUGGGCAGGAGAAUCAAGAUUCCUUUGAACUGUUCCAAGUGAUCAAUGCUGGAGAUGGAACGGAGAAGUCUGCAAUUCAAAAGGAAGUAGAAAGACAUGAAAGAAACCAGUUAAAUAACUGGAAUCAGGAAAGCUCAUCUUUUAUUGGUGCUUCAAUGCAAGAGUUUUUUGCCCAAGAAGGGAAUAUAAAGAAAUAUAUUUGGAAAAGUGUGAAACUAAUCAAAGCUAACUUACAUCUAAAUGAACACUUUCCAAUCCAAAACAAACAAGAUGCUAUUAGCAAACACAGUGGAAAAAGUAACAGUGGGACAGAAGAGAAAUCUUUCCCUCAUAGAGAAGAGAAACCUAAUGAAUGUGUGGAAUGUGGAAAAAGCUUCAGAACAGGCAGUCAAUUUACUUUCCCUGAAAUGAUCCACACAGGACAGAAGCCAAAUACAUGCAUGAAUUGUGAAAAUAACUUUCAUGAUCUUACUUUACAUAAAAUGAUUGACACAAUGAAGAAACCAUAUGAAUGCAUGGAAUGUGGGAAGGAUUUUAUGUCAAAUGGUGGUCUUCUUUAUCAUAAAAAGAUCCACAAAGGGGAGAAACCACAAAAAUGCAUGGAGUGUGGAAAGACAUUUGCUCACAUGAGUCAACUUGCGAUACAUAAAAGGAACCAUACAGGGGAGAAGCCAUAUACAUGCAUGAACUGUGGCAAGACCUUUGCUCAUAGAAGUCAACUUACUAAGCAUAGUAAAAUAGAGGAUAAGCCACAUAGUUGCAAGGACUAUGGAAACUGGUUCAGAACAAAAUGUUCCCUUGUUCUCCAUGAAAUGAUCCACAAAAGGCAGAAGGUAUUCAGAUGUGUGCAAUGUGGAAAGGGCUUUAGGAGAAGUUGUGAUCUGACCAACCAUAAAAUGAUCCACACAGGGGAGAAGCCAUAUACAUGCAUGGAGUGUGGAAAGACCUUUGCUCAGACUGCUGGUCUUAUUUCCCACAAAAGAAUCCACACAGGGGAGAAGCCAUAUAAAUGCAUGGCGUGUGGAAAGACCUUUGCUUGAAGGUAUACUCUUUCUUGCCAUAACAGGAUCCAUACAGGAGAGAAACCGUAUACAUGCAUGGAGUGUGGGAAGUCAUUUGCUCACAACAAUAAACUUGUGAUUCAUAAAAGGAUCCACACAGGGGAGAAGCCAUAUAAAGAAGCCAUAUGCAUGGAGUGUGGAAAAAGCUUCAGUCGGAGGGAUUGUCUUACUUCCCAUAAAAGAAUUCACAUGGGAGAUGUGGGAGAAGGUGUAGAAAUUGUGGAGUAUGGAAAGAGCUUCAGCUCCGCAGGAGGCGAAGAGGCUGCGGGAGAGCCUCGCGUGGGAAAGAUUCACACGUGUCCAAGGGUGCGGGGGUGGGUGGGUGUAUCUUCUCUUCCCGUGCAAAGGGAGGCGGAGGAAGGAGAGACCCGCGCCUGGCCCUCCUGCGGGUUCAACCCGGGCAGAAUAACCUGCAGUGCUCAGUCCUGCAACAAUAGAAACCAUCCUAUUAAGGAAAAGCGAUUGGAGAUCCAGAAGAUUGCUGGGACCCAUUUGGAGUUGCCUUGCAGGACAGAGAAAAAAAUGGAGACACGACUUUUAGCAAGUGAAGCUACUCCAAAAGGCCUUUGUGCUCUUCGGCCUGGGAGCUGUGGGGAGAUCUGGACAAAAAAAAGGGAGAAGAUCCUGGAGGAGGAAACCAUCCUCCAUUCAGAAGUUGAGCCCUGCAACUUCAGGAGCCUCCAAUACCAGGAGGCUGAAGGUCCCCGACGACUUUGCAGCAGACUACACGACUUUUGUAGGCGAUGGCUGAGACCAGAUAAGCACACCAAAGCCCAGAUGCUGGACCUGGUGGUUCUGGAGCAGCUCUUGGCUAUCCUGCCUCCAGAGAUGGAGAGCUGGGUGCGGGAGUGUGGAGCAGAGACCAGCUCCCAGGCGGUGGCCCUGGCGGAAGGCUUCCUCCUGAGCCAGGCAGUGGAUCAGAAGGAGCGGGUCAAGUUGGAGUCCUUCACUGUGGAGAUCAGAGAUCCUGAAGGAAGGAGGAAUCCAUCAAAUCCCCCUGAGGAUCUGUUUUUCAGGACGAUAUCUCAGGAAGAGUCAAGUCAGGACACCUUGGGAGGGAAACCUAGAAUGAAGUUUUCUGGUCUUUAUGCUGGAGCUGAAACAGUGGUUGAACCUCCAAAUCAAGUAAAGGAGGGUCUUGUGACCUUCGAGGAGGUGGCUGUGCAUUUCUCUGAGGAGCAGUUGUCUCAGCUGGAUCCUGACCAAAAAACGCUCUAUUGGGAUGUCAUGCUGGAAAAUCAAAGGAACGUGGCCUCUCUGGGUAAUAAUGCACAGGAGAAUCAAGAUUCCUGUGAACUGUUCCAACUGAUCAAUACUGGAGAUGGAAUGGAGAAGUCAGCAAUUCGAAAGGAAGUAGAAAGACAUGAAAGAAACCUGUUAAAUAACUGGAAUCAGGAAAGCUCAUCUUCUAUUGAUGAUUUGAUGCAAGACUUUCUUGCCCAAGAAGCGGGUAAAAAUAACUAUAUUAGGAAAAGUGUGAAACUAAUCAAAGCUAAAUUACAAGUAAACGAACACUAUCCAAUCCAAAACAAACAAGAUGCUAUAAGCAGACACAACGGAAAAAAUUACACUGGGACUUUCACUCUUUCUCUUGGAAAUCGGUCCCUUAUAUCUCAAAAAGGGAUCCAAAUAGAAGAGAAACCUAAUGAAUGUGUGGAAUGUGGGAAAAGUCAACAUACUUUCCAUAAAAUGAUACACACAGCACAGGAGCCAUUUAAAUGCAUGAAAUGUGGAAAGGGAUUUAAGUUGAAUGGUGAUCUUCUUUACCAUAACAAGAUACACAAAGGAGAGAAACCACAUAAAUGCAUGGAGUGUGGGAAGGCCUUUACUCACAGGAGUAAACUUGUGAUCCAUAAAAGGAUCCAUACAGGGGAGAAGCCCUAUAAAUGCAUGGAGUGUGGAAAGGCCUUUAUUGAGAAGGGUAAACUUACAGUCCAUAAAAGGAUCCACACAGGAGAGAAGCCCUAUAAAUGCAUGGAGUGUGGAAAGAACUUUGCUCGGAGCAGUCAACUUACUUCCCAUAAAAGGAUCCACACAGGAGAGAAACCGUAUAUGUUAAUGGAAUGUGGGAAGGCCUUUGCUCAUAAAAGUCAUCUUACUAAACAAAUUAGGAGCCACACAGAGAAGCCAGAGAGUUGCAAGGAAGUUGAAAAGCAGCCCAGUACAAAAUGUUCCCUUAUUCUCCAUGAAAUGAUCAAUUUAAGGCAUAAGGCAUUUAACUGUGUGCAAUGUGGAAAGGGCUUUCGAAAGAAUUUUGAACUUACCAUUCAUAAAAGGAUCCACACAGGGGAGAAGCCAUAUAAAUGCAUGGAGUGUGGAAAGACCUUUGCUCAGUCCGGUAGCCUUAUUUCCCAUAGAAGGAUCCACACAGGGGAGAAGCCAUAUAAAUGCAUGGAGUGUGGAAAGAGAUUCAGCCAACGGAGCCAUCUUACUUCCCAUAAAUGGAUCCACACAGGGGAGAAGCCCUAUAAAUGCACGGAGUGUGGAAAGAACUUUGCUCAAAACUACAGACUUACAUACCAUAAAAGGAUCCACACAGGAGAGAAACAGUAUACAUGCAUGGAAUGUGGGAAGGCCUUUCCUUACAGAAGUAAACUUUUGAUUCAUAAAAGGAUCCAUACAGGGGAGGAACCACAUAAAUGCAUGGAGUGUGGAAAGACCUUUGCUGACAGGAGUAAACUUGUGAUCCAUAAAAGGAUCCAUACAGGGGAGAAGCCCUAUAAAUGCAUGGAGUGUGAGAAGUCCUUUAUUGAGAAGAGUAAACUUACAAUCCAUAAAAGGAUCCACACAGGUGAGAAGCCCUAUAAAUGCAUGGUGUGUGGAAAGAACUUUGCUCGGAGCAGUCAACUUACUUCCCAUAAAAAGAUGCACACAGAAGAGAAACCACAUAAAUGCAUGGAAUGUGGAAAGAACUUUGCUUAUAGAAGUGAACUUACUAGACAUAAUAGGAUCCAUACAGGGGAGAAGCCCUAUAAAUGAAUGGAGUGUGCAAAGAA